GCUGGCUUCUGCAGCCCCCGCCCGUCCGCCGGCUCGACCACCGGACCAAGAGCAGCAGCUGAGGAGCCGAGGUUUGCUGCGGCUGCGGCUUCUCCUCGCCCUUCUUCCUCCCCUCCCUCCCUUUAAAAAAUAACAAUAAUAGUAAUCCCCCCCCCGCACCUUCCUCCCCCUGUUCGAGCUUUCGGCGGCAUGGCCCGGCUCAAGGCAUGCUCUGCCUUCCCCGGUAUCGACUUCGGGGUCCUCCUCUGGGCCGGGAGCCUCUUGUGCCUGGCUGCUGCCCAGCAGCCGCCGCCGCCGCCGCCGCAGCGGGGGAGCGUGUGGUGCCCGAGCCGCUGCCUCUGCUUCCGCACCACGGUGCGCUGCAUGCAUCUCAUGCUGGAGAGCGUCCCCGCCGUGUCACCACAGACCACCAUCCUGGAUUUACGAUUUAACAGAAUUAAAGAAAUCCAACCUGGUGCAUUUAGACAGCUUAAGAAUCUGAACACAUUACUUCUAAACAACAAUCACAUUAAAAGAAUACCUACUGGAGCAUUUGAAGACCUUGAAAAUCUAAAAUAUCUCUAUUUGUACAAGAAUGAAAUCCAGUCAAUUGACAGGCAAGCAUUUAAAGGACUUGCCUCUCUAGAACAACUGUACCUGCACUUUAAUCAGAUUGAAACAUUGGAACCAGAAUCAUUUACUCAUCUUCCCAAACUUGAAAGACUAUUUUUACAUAACAACAGAAUAUCUCAUUUAAUACCUGGAACAUUUAGUCAUUUGGAAUCUAUGAAAAGACUCCGUCUGGAUUCAAAUGCACUUCACUGUGACUGUGAAAUACUGUGGCUGGCGGACUUGUUGAAGACAUAUGCUGAGUCUGGUAAUGCCCAAGCUGCAGCUACUUGUGAAUAUCCAAGGAGAAUCCAAGGGAGAUCAGUGGCCACAAUAACACCAGAAGAGCUUAAUUGUGAAAGGCCAAGAAUUACAUCAGAGCCUCAGGAUGUGGAUGUUACCUCAGGGAAUACCGUUUACUUCACUUGCAGAGCUGAAGGCAAUCCCAAACCAGAAAUUAUUUGGCUUCGAAACAAUAAUGAGCUCAGUAUGAAAGCAGAUUCCCGUUUAAACUUGCUUGAUGAUGGCACUUUGAUGAUUCAGAAUACCCAAGAGACUGACCAAGGUAUUUACCAGUGCAUGGCAAAAAAUAUAGCAGGUGAAGUGAAAACUCAGGAAGUUACCCUGCGCUACUUUGGCUCACCAGCUAGGCCAAGUUUUGUGAUUCAUCCACAAAACACAGAGGUUCUGGUUGGAGAAAGUGUCACUCUGGAAUGCAGUGCCACUGGUCACCCCCAACCACGUAUCACGUGGACAAAAGGUGACAGAACACCUCUGCCAAAUGAUCCCCGCAUCACCAUAACGCCAUCAGGAGGGCUUUACAUCCAAAAUGUGAACCAAGAAGAUGGUGGCGAGUAUACCUGUUUUGCAACCAACAGUAUAGAUAGCAUCCACGCAACUGCCUUUAUCAUAGUGCAAGCUGUACCUCAAUUUACUGUGACACCUCAAGACAGAAUAGUAAUUGAAGGACAAACUGUUGACUUCCCUUGUGAAGCACAGGGAUAUCCGCAACCAGUUAUUGCCUGGACUAAAGGAGGCAGCCAGCUUUCUGUAGAUCGGAGACACUUAGUUUUGUCAUCUGGAACCCUGAGGAUUUCUAGAGUGGCUUUACAUGACCAAGGCCAGUAUGAAUGCCAAGCUGUCAACAUUGUGGGAUCUCAAAGAGUUGCUGUACACCUGAGUGUACAACCUAGAGUUACCCCUGUGUUCUCUAAUGUACCAAGUGAUAUGACAGUAGAAGUUGGCACAAAUAUACAGAUUCCAUGCAGUUCUCAAGGAGAACCUGAUCCAGUAAUAACAUGGAAUAAGGAUGGUGUUCAGGUCACAGAAAGUGGAAAAUUUCAUGUUAGUCCUGAGGGAUAUCUUACUAUUCGUGAUGUUGGACCAGCAGAUGAAGGUCGUUAUGAAUGCCUUGCACGGAAUACUAUUGGAUAUUCAUCAGUUAGUAUGGUACUAAGUGUAAAUGUUCCUGAUGUCAGCCGAAAUGGAGAUCCAUUUGUAGCCAGCUCAAUUGUUGAAGCAAUUGCUACUGUUGACAGAGCAAUAAACUCAACACGCACACAUUUGUUUGACAGUCGCCCUCGUUCUCCAAAUGAUUUGCUAGCGUUAUUUCGAUACCCAAGAGAUCCCUACACUAUUGAGCAAGCGAGAGCUGGAGAAAUAUUUGAAAGGACAUUACAGCUAAUUCAAGAACACGUACAAGAUGGUUUAAUGGUGGAUCUAAAUGGAACAAGCUAUCACUAUAAUGAUCUUGUAUCUCCACAGUAUCUGAACCUGAUAGCCAACCUGUCAGGUUGCACAGCUCAUAGGCGUGUUAAUAACUGUUCAGAUAUGUGCUAUCACCAAAAAUACAGAACACAUGACGGAACCUGCAAUAAUUUGCAGCAUCCAAUGUGGGGAGCCUCUUUGACAGCCUUUGAACGCUUGUUGAAGUCAGUGUAUGAAAAUGGAUUUAAUUUGCCAAGGGGCAUUGGAUCUAACCGGCGUUAUAAUGGAUUCACACUCCCAAUGCCUCGCUUAGUUUCAACUACUCUGAUAGGGACUGAAACAAUAACCCCUGAUGACCAGUUUAGUCAUAUGCUAAUGCAGUGGGGGCAAUUCUUAGAUCAUGACCUUGACUCCACAGUUGCGGCUUUAAGUGAGGCCAGAUUUUCUGAUGGUCAGCACUGCAGUUCAGUUUGUACAAAUGACCCUCCAUGUUUCUCCAUCAUGAUCCCGCCCAAUGAUCCUCGAGUCAGAAAUGGAGCACGGUGUAUGUUUUUUGUACGUUCAAGUCCAGUUUGUGGAAGUGGCAUGACAUCCCUUCUCAUGAAUUCUGUUUAUCCUCGAGAACAGAUCAACCAGCUGACUUCCUAUAUUGAUGCAUCCAAUGUAUAUGGCAGUUCAGAACAUGAGGCACAAGAAAUCAGAGAUCUAGCAAGUCACAGGGGCCUUCUAAGACAGGGCAUUGUUCAGAGAUCUGGCAAGCCUCUUCUUCCAUUUGCUACUGGCCCUCCAACAGAAUGCAUGAGAGAUGAAAACGAGAGCCCAAUUCCUUGCUUCUUAGCUGGCGAUCAUCGUGCCAAUGAACAGCUGGGGCUCACCAGUAUGCAUACACUGUGGUUCAGAGAACACAACAGAAUUGCCACAGAAUUACUGAAACUCAACCCACACUGGGAUGGUGAUACAAUAUAUCAUGAAACGCGCAAAAUUGUUGGUGCAGAAAUGCAACACAUAACAUACAGCCACUGGCUACCUAAAAUCUUGGGAGAGGUAGGCUUAAAGAUGCUUGGCGAAUAUAAAGGUUAUAAUCCUAAUAUUAAUUCUGGCAUAACUAAUGAGUUUGCAACUGCCGCUUUUAGGUUUGGUCAUACACUGAUAAAUCCUAUACUGUAUCGCUUGGAUGAAAACUUUGAAACUAUUCCACAAGGCCAUAUACCUCUUCAUAAAGCAUUCUUUUCUCCGUUUCGGAUUGUAAAUGAAGGAGGCAUUGAUCCACUUCUAAGAGGGUUAUUUGGUGUUGCGGGUAAGAUGCGUGUGACAUCACAGCUACUCAAUACAGAAUUGACAGAAAGGCUGUUCUCCAUGGCACGGGCUGUAGCUUUAGAUCUGGCUGCAAUGAAUAUCCAAAGAGGCAGAGAUCAUGGAAUCCCACCUUACCAUGAUUUUAGAGUUUACUGUAACCUUUCUUCUGCGCACACCUUUGAAGAUUUGAAAAAUGAAAUUAAGAAUCCUAAUAUCAGAGAUAAACUUAGCAGAUUAUAUGGUUCACCACUGAACAUAGAUUUGUUUCCUGCUCUUAUGGUAGAAGAUUUAGUUCCUGGGAGCAGAUUGGGACCAACACUGAUGUGUCUCUUGAGCACACAGUUUAAACGUCUCCGGGAUGGAGACAGGUUAUGGCAUGAGAACCCUGGUGUUUUUAGUCCAGCUCAGUUGACUCAGAUCAAGCAGGCGUCCCUUGCCAGAAUUCUGUGUGACAAUGGUGACAACAUAACCAAAGUGCAACGUGAUGUUUUUAAAGUGACAGAGUUUCCUCAUGGAUAUGGAAGCUGCGAAGAGAUUCCUAAAGUUGAUCUAAGAAUGUGGCAAGAUUGCUGUGAAGAUUGCAGAACUAGAGGACAGUUCAAUGCCUUUUCUUAUCACUUUCGAGGAAGACGUUCUCUUGAUUACAGUUUUCGUGAAGACAAGCCUUCAAAGCAUAUGAAAAUGACAAACACACCAAGUUCUGCAAGAGAGAAUACACUUUUUAAUAGCAGCAUAUCAUCCUUCAGUGAGCGCAAGAGAGCACCUGUAAUGAAUGACUUCAAAGAAUUUGUUGGAGAUAUGCAAAAAACUAUCACAGACCUCAGAAAACAGAUAAAGAAACUUGAAUCACGGCUCAGUAGAACUGAAUGCACUGAUGAAAAAGGUAAAUCUUAUUCCAGUAAUGAAAUAUGGAAAAAAGAUCCAUGCACCACAUGUGAAUGCAAGAUUGGUCAGAUAACCUGUUACGUAGAAUCAUGUCCAUCAAAUGAUUGUGCUACGCCUGUGAAGCUCAAAGGAGUUUGCUGUCCUGUCUGCUUAAAACAAACUAUUUCCAAUGAAAAGAAGCCCUAAAUCUGCUUUGCAAUUAUCACGUAUCCAGUCAUAUGGAUAUCUGCUGAUGUCAAACACAGGUAACAGUAGACUUAAAACCACCACAACAAAUCAAGACAUUACAGGACAGCAUUCAAAAGAUGAUGUAACAGUGUAAGAAAAUGUACACCUUCCUUUGCUUGCCCACUGAAAAACCACAAUGUAAAAGUGUUGAAAGGGAAUACACAAUGUAGGUCAAGGUAAUUUUGUGUUUAAACUUCUCAGGUUCAACCAACUCAAAACUGGUGCUACUUUUUCAAGAAGCCUUUGUCAAGUAGUUUGAGGCUCUCAGACUGGGUUUUCUUUCUUCAUACACUGGUGGAAGGAAGAGACAGGUGCCAUUUUAAUUUAAUGAAAAAGGGGCCACAGGUCUCUUUUUCCAGUAUGACAUACUUAUGGCCCAGUGUGGAUGCCUAGCUUCUCACUUAUUUCUCAAAUCUUGAUGGAUCUGGAUGAGGUCUUCCUGACCGCCACAUACUACUUGGGCAACUAGCCAUAGCAUGACUGCAACAUUUACUCAAUCCUGCAUUCUGUUGAGCUGCCACUUCUGAAGGUUAGUGAAGCUGAAGAACCUUAAUUUUGUUAUUGGUUACUUAUUUUCCCCGGCAGUAUUAAAGUGUGCUCCAGUGCACUACUCUAUAGUUACCCUUCUUUAUUUCUUAACAGAAGACUUGUGAGAUAUAAAUCCUAUGUAUAAAUAAUCUCUCUAGCAGAAAAUUGACCAAAAAAACCACCAAGAAAUUUUCUCAUUUACAAUUACAAACUCUUCAGGAAAAAAAGGGGUGUGUCUGUGUGUGUUUGUGUGAAAUGACCACUGGAUUGCUGCACAUUUUUAGUCUGAGCUAGUGACUUUAGCGAUAGUUCUAGACUUUAACUUCUCAACUGCAAUUUGUAUCUUUUCUUAUGGGAGAAAGUUGUUUGUAUCUUCUACCAUAUAGGGCAGGGGAAGGCAACAUGUAGUUCUCCAGACGUUGCUGAACUACAACUUCCAUCAUCCCCACCCACAAUUUAUUACACCUGGGGAUGAUGGGAGUUGUAAUUCAGCAACAUCUGGCAAGCCACAUGUUGCCUACCCCCAAUAGCAGGGUGAGUAGAGUGUCCCUGCUUACCAAAUAAUAGAUGGGAGUAAUGCUCCCCAUCGCAGCACUGCAGACCAGGGAACAUUCUGAACUGGGAUCAGCACUCAUCAGUGUUUGUUUAAACAACAGAGCUAGCACUCAGGUCUGUCUGAAAAUGUUAGCAUCAGGCCUGGAGAUUCUCCACCCACUUAAUCCCUAAAGAAUGGGGUGUCUAACUGUAGUUAGUAACAUCUUCUUCUGCUCAGGCACUUCAUCUGUUUUACUUCAUAUGUUUCAUCACUAAGUCAUCCUGUGGAAAAUAGAUGCGAGGGUGUAGCCAAAAAACAAAUUAAGCCUGCCUCUUUCAGAUCUUUUACACUUUGGGAGGAAAAUGUGGGGGGAAGCUCCUCACCAUGCUUUGCUUCCUUCCCUGCAUCAUGCUGUGCCCCAGGGAUGCCUGAAAAUCGCCUUUUUAAAAAUUUUAAAUGGGAGCCAUUUUGUGGCUCCAAAAAACAAAAUGGCGGCCAGAAAUUACCUCCAUGGUAAUUUCCAGCCACCUCCGAUCUGUGGAUACGCAAGGUUGCCAUGUUUCCUCCCUCCUUUUGCUGUGUAUGCUGAGGUCAGGUGUUCUUUUACCUGACCGCAGAUAUGCAAAUCCGUGGAUAACGAAUCCGAAGAUAAUGAGGAUUCCCUGUACUAAAUAAUCUUGCUUGGUCCAGUUAAACACUUCAGUACAUAAUUACAAUUGUAAGCAUUCGUGCCUAAAUUGAAGUGCAAUGGUAUUUCCUGAGUGAUGGUACAUUGUAGAAUUAAGACUGUUACAUAUUGUUCAUGGAAGAUGUCUUUGCUUCUCACAGUUGUGAUAAUAGCACACACAUCUUAUACACAGACAAGUUGGGUAAGAUGCAGAAGAUUUUGUUUUAACCUCUUGGCUGGGCAAAGUUGAGUAGGAACUGAGAAAUUACAUAAAUAUUAAAACAAUGAAAUGUAUAUUAUAAUAUAUUUCUUAGGAAUGUUUUACUUGCUUCAGGAAAAAAACAGUCUCAUAAUGGUUUUCAAUAUCAACAUUACUCCAACCGUCCAUCCCUCACAUACCCCUGCCUAUUGUUGAUAAUGCUGGAAAAAGUUUUUAACAACUGCAGAAUAACCACCCAAGUCCUGCUUUGCAAACAUUUCUCUUGCUCUUAGGACAUGCCUCAGUGUGCCAUUUUUCAAAAAUUAGAUCCAUGUCACAUUCAUUCUCAGUGUUCCUAGAAUCACCACCUGUUUUUCUGUUCAGGCUCCCAUGCCUUUGACAGUUGCAGGGAUAUCUGACUUUCAAUAGUUUCCCCCUUUCCCAUCAUCAAGAUACAAGAAUAAGAAAAGCUUUCAUCUGUUAGACUUCUGCAGGUAAGCAGUCAUUAAAGGUGUGUUACUCCUGUUCCUCUUAGUGGUACAGCACCCUACUGUUUUCAUACGGAUCCCCUUAUAUACUAGUGCAUAUGGUAUUCUAUAGCACUAUUUGAAAAUGUGAAAGUGGGGGGGGGAAGCAUAUGCUAAUCCUUAUAUAAAAGGUAUAGGCUUUUAGGUGCUAGGGGUGUGCAUGAAAUAAAGAUCAUUUUGAUUUCCCGUUUGAUUGUUCUGAGCCUAUUCAGGUCCAGACGUUUUAGUUUUGAGAUCCAUUCAGAGGAUCCUGAUUAAUUUUUCACCCAUUCAUUUUUGUUAAAAUAAAUAAAUAAAUAAAAAUAUCUAAACUUCAUUUUUGCCACUUUUAUCAUAUGAUGGUCAGGAUUUUAUUUUUUCCCCCUUUCCCCCACACCGCACUGGAUCAAAGCUCACCAGUUAUGAGUAUUCAAGAUGGGUGCCAGUCAGAAGGCAGCUGUGCACUGAGCUCCUGCCACUGUCAAACCAGAGAGCAGCAAAAGUCAAAUUGAAAGAUAGAGGGUUUUUUUUUUUAAAUAAGUAAAAACAAAUAGGAAUGAAUAGGUUCCAAAAACUAAGCCCAUCUGUAUGCAUUCAGAGCCAUUCACGUCUUACCUUGUCCAUAUCUGAAUGGAACCCAAAAUGAACAGGUCUCAUUCAUUUCAGGUGCCAUUCAUUCUGAGACUAGAACCGCCCAGAAACUAAAGUUUGGGACAGUGUACAAAUUUGAUUAAAUAAAUAAAUAAAAUUAAUGCACACACCUAUUCACCACUGCUUAAAUGCAGAUCUCUUUGAAAUGAAGGUGAAAAUUAUGUUGAAGGAGAGCCUGUGGAUAGCACCCAAGAUAUCUAUUGAUUAAUUCUUAAAAAUUGUUGCUAUAGAUACAUUCCUGGCUGUACUGUGGCAUGAUUUGUCCAUCAGACAGAACUCUUAUUAUAUUGGAUGUGCCAAAAUGCAAUUCAGCUGUCCGAAUUGCGGGCACCUCCCUUUAAAAUUGGGGGCUUACACAGCCCCUUUAAAACAGAGGAGAGCAGGUCCGUACGGUCCUCCUCUGCUUGCCACCAUUGCCACCAUUCCAGCACUCCCCCAGCAAUGCUUACAUGCCAGUGGGGUGUCUCCCAGCAACCUCUGUGCCACACCAGCACGCACAUGGCCUCUGCCCAUGCACAGAGGCCAUGUGCAAGCUCGCACCAUGCUGGGGCUGCUGGGAGACACCCUGUCAGUGCACGGGCAUAGCUGGGGGGAGCGUCGGGAUGGCUGCAAGCAGAGGGGGAGCAGAUAUGGACUUGCUUUAAAUGGGCUGUGUAAGCCCUCAGUUUUAAAGGGAGGUGCCCGCGAUUCAGACAUCCAAAUCAUGUUACUCUUACCAAACAGGGAUUAGCUAUUCCUUUACUUAAAAAAAAAUCAUUUUUUAGAUUUCUUUUUUAUUGCAUAGUACUUUCUCCUAUUAGUCCUUGUGUUUAAAAUUCUAUGAACAAUUACUUUUGUGAAUCUGAGUGCCCAGUUAAGAUUCUUCUUUGGAGCACUGUCGAAUGUAUGUCUGUGUUAACUUGUCAUUGUUUACUUUUGUAUCUUCAAUAUUGCUUCUUUAUAACCAACAUGUAUUAUUACAUUCAGUGAAGGAAAACUCUCAUACCUCAUUUGAUGGACAUGUUUUGUUUAAUUGAUGGUGCUUAUUCAUAAAACAAGUCUUAAUUUCAUGGAAUUUAGCCAUUUACCUGAAGUCCCAACUCAUUUCUUAGUCAAACAAAACAACAACUGAAGUUACUGACCUCUCUUUUAAAUAAUUCAGAUUUAGGGAUUAAAUAAUUUUGCAUCUGUGCAAACACAGAAACCUGUAAUGAAUUUGUUUGAUAAACCAGGCGUACAUUUUAAUAACUGGUCUUUAGUGGCAGUGCAUUUAAUAGUAUUUUGAAAUAUAACUUCUCUGCCUUCAAUCAUUUUUAAUUUGAUAAAUGGCAUAAGAAGCACCUUCAAACCUGUUAGCAUCAGUAAGUGGAGGAGUUAAACAAAAUACGUCUGGAGUAAAUAUGAGAUGAUUUUGUACCUGAAGUUUUCACUUUUAUUCCCCUGUGGCAGAACACACAUUUUUUCUAGGCCUUCCAGUACAUAAAUGCAUUUUAUUUUGUUGAGAUGACAAAUCAUGGCUUGGCUUUUCAGAGUAUUACCUAAGACGCCUACAAAUUUAGACAGUUUCCAAAACAAAGGCAAAUACAUUAGUUGAAGCAUUCUACAAUUAAUAUGGGGGUGGGGGGAGGAAGUCACCCUUUCCAAUGCUGUAUUCUAAAGCAACCAGCUCAGGUAUUUCAAUUGUUUAAGAAUAUCUUUUCCAUAUAUGCAUUAACAGUUGGAAACAUAUCUCUGGUUUCUGCCGGUGAACUAAAGCAGAUGUUCAAUCAGUAUUUGUUCAAAUAGUAUAUAAAAAGGAUAUAAAUUCCAACAUUUAUUGCUAUUAAACAUCUGACAGUAAACUGGAUUAGGAAAUGGGUCUUAUUCUAAAAUUUAAAAAAUAAAUCAAGCAUCGUACAAAUGUAUAUGUGUGGGGUUUUUUUUAAACAUUUUCUGCUGAUUGAAAGCUCAUGUAACAUUUUGAGACAGUAGCCAAUGGCUGAACGAUCAUUUCCUCAGUAUUUCUUGUUGCAAUUUUUCCAUAUUUAUUUACUUUAAAAAAAAAAGUCCUACCAAAAGUGAAAUCUUUGUUAUUUUUAUUGUACUAAGUAAAUCUACCAAAGAAUGGUUUGCACUGUUGUUAAUGCUUCUCAUUUACAAUAAACAGGUCACAUUUUUAA